UGCCCAGCGGGAGGCCAGGAGGAGGGUCCCCGCUGGGAUCCCAGAAGCAGCCAAGGAAGAGGCCUGUGGGGCUGUGAGCACCGUGGCCAUGUCGGCGCCCAACGCCUCCGGGAGGGUGCCGGCCAGUGCCUGGGGCGGCGGGGCCUCCCGGCUGCCGCCGGUGGACGCCUGGCUCGUGCCACUGUUCUUCGCGGCGCUGAUGCUGCUGGGCCUGGCUGGGAACUCUCUGGUCAUUUUCGUCAUCUGCCGCCACAAGCAAAUGAGGACGGUGACCAACUUUUACAUAGCCAACUUGGCGGCCACCGACGUGACCUUCCUGCUGUGCUGCGUGCCCUUCACGGCCUUGCUCUACCCGCUGCCCGCCUGGGUGCUCGGCGACUUCAUGUGCAAGUUCGUCAAUUACAUGCAGCAGGUCUCCGUGCAGGCCACGUGCGCCACCCUGACCGCCAUGAGCGUGGACCGCUGGUACGUGACCGUGUUCCCCCUGCGCGCCCUGCACCGCCGCACGCCCCGCCUGGCUCUGACGGUCAGCCUCGGCAUCUGGGUGGGCUCUGCGGCCGUGUCGGCGCCGGUCCUCGCUCUGCACCGCCUCUCGCCAGGGCCCCGCACCUACUGCAACGAGGUGUUCCCCAGCCGCGCCCUGGAGCGCGCGUUCGCGCUCUACAACCUGCUGGCGCUCUACCUGCUGCCCCUGGCCGCCACCUGUGCCUGCUACGGGGCCAUGCUGCGCCACCUGGGCCGCCCCGCCGCCACCGACAGCUCCCUGCAGGGGCAGCUGCUGGCAGAGCGAGCGGGCGCUGUGCGGGCCAAGGUCUCCCGGCUGGUGGCCGCCGUGGUCCUGCUCUUUGCCGCCUGCUGGGGCCCUAUCCAGCUGUUCCUGGUGCUGCAGGCAGUGGGCCCCGCAGGCGCCUGGCACCCGCGCAGCUACACGGCCUACGCGCUCAAGACCUGGGCACACUGCAUGUCCUACAGCAACUCCGCGCUGAACCCCCUGCUCUACGCCUUCCUGGGCUCCCACUUCCGGCAGGCCUUCCGCAGGGUCUGCCCCUGCGCUUGUCCACGGCCCCCGCAGCACCCGCGGUCUGGACCCUCCCACCCCACCGCCCCCCGCACGGAGUCGCACUGCCUGGCCGCCCACCCGGACUCGGCCAGGACCCGGACGCCAGGGAGCCCUGCGUGUGUCCCUGGGGAGCCGGCACUGUGUGUCCUGAGGGAACACGCUGCCCCUCUCUGGGCCGACUCGGGUUUAGAGCGGGCCCUCAGGGACAAGCGCUGCCUGAACAGCGGCUGCUAUUCCGCGGUUAUAAUUAAUGUCUUUAUUUCGUGCAACAUAAUCAUAGUGAAAAUGUCUUGUCCUCCUGAUGGUUCCCCACGACGGUGCUGUCCCGUGGGCUAUAGACGUUGUCAGAGUUACUGCUGUUUCCUGACGCUGAAGACACCUGGGUACUGGCCCUCCCUGGAAAUUUCCCCCAAAGCAUCUUCGGACAUUUUCCACACAGGGCCUUGCGGGGCUAACACUGUAAGCUUCAUCCAAGUGUCCAGAAAUAUUAAAAUGUGAACACCACGUGCAUUUUAGAAUGACAGAAAUAGGGGCGCCUGGGUGGCUCCGUGGGUUAAGCCUCU